AAUGAAGGAAUUGAUGUGAAUCUCAUGCAGCAAAACCCAUCACCAUAAAACCCUCAAAAAGAGAAAAAACAAAAAUAGUUCCCUCAACCUCAAGUUGAAAAUGAACCCAGUUAGAAUUGUUGUUUCAUCUAUCGGUAAACUGCAUUCAUCUCGCAAAAAUGUUUCGCAGCAGUAUAUUUGCUGAGUACCAUAGUUGAGAUCUUUCCCUCUGACAGCUGAGCCCGGCAAUUUGCAGCCAUCAUUGUCAGAUUUGUGAGGAAAGGAUAAUCCCAAAAAGAAUUUAGGCCAAAGGUAAUAGAUGUUUGUCUUUUUGUGGAUUUGUAAUAUCAUUCCUUGAAUUAUUAAUGUUAUCUAAUGCUUUGAACGGUAGACAAUGAUGCAAUGGCAUGUGGUAAGAGGGUGUCAAUUAUAACGAUUCCUUUCCAUCAUUAUAUGAUUGUUCAUUCAUUGAAAUAGAUGCAGAUAUAAAAGCCCCUGGCAACAGCCUCGUGAUCUCUUAAUAGAGCGUUGGACUUUUAGUUAUAAAAAAAAGCCCUGCAGAAUUAAGUUUCAUUGUCCCCAUGUGCCUUCUGCCUUUUACAGACAUUAAAUAAAACUCUGAUUGUUGAUUAUCGCCUCCUCUUUGCUGUCAAAAACGUAAGGAAAUUUCCUUUUAACAUAUGUCGGUGUGGUUUUGUAGUCGCACUACGGUUCACAGUGAUUCAACAGUGAGCUUCUCCAUCAGGGUUUUGAGCUUGGUAUCUGCAGUGAAGAGAGUCAUCUCAAGGUUCCUUAUCAGGGUUCCGCUCUGAAAGGCAUGAAAAUUCUAUAUGUUUUGGGGUCAGAUUUUGGGCUGGAGCAGGAGACACAAGGAUUUUGGUGCUGAAAUAAACCAUUUUCCUUGGAGAUUCUCAGAGCUUUUAAAGACAGUGAUUUUCACUGGUUUGAACUGUUUUAGCUUCUAAAAGCAUUUAGCAAUUAGUGAUGUUUGAUGGAACCAUGAAUAUGUUUGAUGGAGGCAUGACUAUGUCUUUCCAUAGUGUAAACUACCCGCCAGUUCUCGGUAAUUUAAGUAAAAACAGAACUCAGUUUAGAACAAGACCGAAUCCUUCUUUUUCGGUACAAAUGUCUUGUAAUCUUCUACAAACCGGUGAGAGUGGAAAUCUACCUAAAUUCCAAAAGAUAACAGGUUCAUGCUCAGCGCUGUUUAAAUGCCAAGCUCAGAAUUCCCUGCUUAAUCAAGCAAAUACUGUAGGUAUUAUUGGAGGGGUUUCAGUUUUGUCCACGCUUAUUUUCCUGGAGAAGCUUGUAUGGUGGAGCUCAAGAAAUGGAGAAGAAUGUAUUCCUUUUGUUGUCUGCAGUGAUCCAGCCUUGGACGGUUGGCUUAUCUCUCAAGUUUCAAUUCAUUCGUCUCUUGGUGAAAUUGCUCAAAAGGAAGUAAAUCAUGAACCUAUCAUCGAGAAUUUGAGGCAUAAAAGAAUAUUUCUUGAGCAAUCUGGAGCUCGCUGCAUAGUUAUGCUGUGCCAUAUCUCAAACGCAUGGCAUGAUGAGAUAUCUCAGGGCUGCUCACUGCCAUUUUUUCAUGUUGGUGAAUGUGUUGCCGGGGAGCUUAGGGAAGCAAAACUGAAGCCACUGGAUGCUGGGAGUAAUGUGCGGAUUGGGGUGCUAUCCACCUGUGAAACUAUAGCUGCUGAUUCUUAUCAGGAAAAACUAAGGAAGCAGGGCUUUGAGGUUGUUUUGCUGGACAAGGCAACCAUGGAACACAUUCUAAUUCCAGCAAUUGAAUCAUUGAACAAAAGGGACAUGGAAGGGGCUCGGAACCUCUUAAGAAUUGCAAUCCAGGUCCUUUUAAUUAGGGCUGUGAAUGUAGUCAUCCUCGCUUCUGAUGAACUUCAGAAUCUUUUACCUCGAGAGGACCCUCUCCUGAAAAAAUGUAUCGACCCGAUGGAUGCUUUAGCCAGGUCAACUAUAAAAUGGGCUAAAUCUGUUAAGAAGGUACAUAAGAAAACUUGAACAACACUCGGCACCACACUGCCAAAACGUGUGAAAACUCUUGCUCUCUUGUUGGGGUAUUUUCUGUCAGAAGUUUUCCCUCUUGUUUACAGGCAUAAUUAUGAAGAAAUAAGCCCUUGAAAUAAAAUUAAAUAUCAUCCAAGCUCUUGUGGUUGUAUUGUAAUAAAUUAAACCCUUAACAUUUAUUUUAUCAAUUGAGUUUUUAUUAAAUAAAAAUUGAUUAAUUAUCAA